GACGGGGACAGGAGACAGGCAGAGGGGACAGGGGAGGGGACAGGGCCAGGUGGCCCUGGGGACAGGGAGCGGCGGGGACAGGGACAGAUCCCGCUCCGGUGUCCCCCGGCUCCAGCACCGGAAUGUCCCCGCUUCCUGCGACAUCCGGAGAGUGCUCGGGAAUGUUCGGGAAUGUUCGGGAAUGUUCGGGAAUGAUCCCAGACCCCGCUCCAGCCGCCUCGGGACCCCAGAAUGUUUGGGGCAUCCCAGAAUGUUUGGGGCACUCUUGGGAUUCUCAGAAUGUUUGGGGCAUCCUCGGGAAUCCCGGAAUGUUUGGGGAACCCCGGAAUGUUUGGGGCACCCUCCGGCCCCGCCCCGUGCCUUGGGAACCCGCGCGCAUCCCGGAGCAUCCCCGGCAGCAUCCCGGAUCAUUCCUGCCCGGGAAUUCCGGAUCAUUCCUGCCCGGGAAUCCCGCAGGAUCCCGGAUCAUUCCUGCCCGGGAAUCCCGCAGGAUCCCGGAUCAUUCCUGCCCGGGAAUCCCGCAGGAUCCCGGAUCAUUCCUGCCCGGGAAUCCCGCAGGAUCCCGGAUCAUUCCUGCCCUGGAAUUCCGGAUCAUUCCUGCCCGGGAAUCCCGCAGGAUCCUGGAUCCACCCUCAGGAACGUUCCAGGAUCCUGAAUCCAGGUUUGGGAUCUUCCAGGAUCCUGGAUCCAGCCUCGUGAACAUUCCAGAACCCCGGAUCCGAUCUUGGGAUCUCCGAGAAUCCCAGAUCCAGCCCUGGGAAUGUUCCAGAAUCCCAGAUCCAGCCUUGGGAAUCUCCAGGAUCCCAAAUCCACCCUCGGGAAUGUUCCAGAAUCCCGGAUCCGCUGCCCCUUGAGCACAGCCCCACCCUCAUCCC